GCGUGUCGGGUUCUCUGUCGUGGUUGCUUGGUGGCUGCUGCACUGAUGAUCGUUGUCACUUCUGCUGUGCCAUUGCAGAGAGAGGCAGAUGACUUGAAUGGAACAACAAUUGGAAAUACUGAGGGAACCACAACAGAUGUACCAACAACAACAGAGCAAGAUGAUGCUGAAACAGAGUCAGUUGAGGAUUCCACCAUCCCAGCUACUGCGCCAAAAAUUGAGGCAAUUCAGGAACCAGAAAAUCCUGAUUUGCAAGACAAAAAGGCUGAAAGUAGGACACUGGAGGUUUCCAGCACAAAACGUGAUGAUGCAAAAAUUGAAGCAGUCACGGAAUCCGUGACCAAUAGUGCUGGUGAAACAGGGACUGAAGCAGUGGAGCAAUCCUCAGACCCCAUAACUGAACAAAGUGCCUUAGAAAGUGAGACUACUACUGAAUCUCAUGAUCUCACAACUCAAGAGCCUGAAACUGAGACAGAAGAAAGCACUGAUGUGGAAAUUGAGACUGUGAAAGAGCCAAGAAUUGAAAAACUCGAGUUUGUUGUUCCUGAGACUCUUGAACAGGCUGUAGAUCCCAUCAGGAGUGAAGAAAACAAUGACAUCAUCAAAACUGAGACAUUUGCAUCAGAAAUUCCACAUCAUGAAGCUGUUGAAACUGAGACAGUGAAGGCAUCUGAAACUUCAGAAACCACUGAGAAAACUGAAGUUGUUCCUACUGGUGAGACUCUUGAUCAGUCUCAAGAUCCCAGAAAUGAAGAGCAAGAAACCAUCAUUAAAACCCAGACACCUGAUGACUCCACAAUUCCAGAAAGUCAACAGCAUGAAAUUCUUGCAACUGAGACAGUGGAAGAACCUGUGGUUCCCAGAAGUGACCAAGAUGCCAGUAAUGACCUUGAAACUGGCAAACAAGCCAGAAUUGACAACAUUGAACAAGUUGAAACUAGAACUGAACCAGCAGUCCAAGAACCAAUAAACCCAACCACAAAUCAGCCUGAAACAGUGGUACCAGCUGAGGGGCUUGACCAGUCCACAAAUCCAAAUGAUGUAACAGAAAAUCCUGAUGCCAUGGAACAGAUCACUGUGAAAGAAAAUAUUGAGAAACUGCUUCAGGAUGAUGAACAUCAGGAAAGCUUCACUCAAGAAAAUCAUCAGACUAAUGGUGAUAGUGAUGCAAACCCAACAACCACUGAAGCAGUAGUGGACUCAACUGAAACGUUCUUGAAGGAGUUGGAGGCAAUGAUUGUCACUGAAAAUGAUGAAGUGCCAACAACUGACAAGUCUCAGGAGGCAGAAAGAGAUAUUUUGACUGGGACCACUCAUCACAGUCCUGAAAAGACUGAUGGUGAUGCUGCUGAUGCAACAACAAUCCAGUCUGCUUCACAAGAUCCAGCAUCAGGGGACUGGAGAAGCCUAGAGGAUCAUGAAAAGGAAGAACCAGUUCCAGUGUUUGAGAUCAAAAUAGUGCCCAAGAAGUACCCCCAGCUUUGCUGUGAUUCACCAACUGUACCAGCAGUGGAAGAACCAGAAGUCACAACAACAGCAACAACACCAUCACCACCACCACCACCAACAACAACAACAACAGCAAUAGCAUCACCAAGCAUCAACAACAUUGACUCCAUCCCUGAUGCUGAUGUGCAAUAUUGCAUGUGA